CCAAGGACAGGGUCGUCCCAUCUUCCUAUAUAAACUCCCGACCAUCGUCUACAGGUAGGCCAGAACUCGACAAGCCAAGUAGACGCCAUGAACCCACUGUAUCUUCUGCCCCUGCUGGUAGCCGGCUGUGUCGCCGCUCCUUCGGGAUCCGUGGCCAUCCAUGCCGCCGCCCUGCCCUAUGCUGGCAUUGCCACCGUAGGACACCAGGUGACGGCGCACAUCCCGACCGGAGUCGAGCUGAAGACAGUGGGUGAGGCGGUGCCCUUGGCCACGCCUGCCGUGGCGGCCGCAGUCCCGGGAUACUCUGUUGACGGCGAGAUUCGCCAGGUGACUCAGACUUUCCUCGAGCCUGAACCAGUGGCUGUCGACGUCAAGAGUUUGCCCGUGCUUUCUGCCCCCGCCCCACUGGCCUUCGCCCCUCAGGUGGCGUUCAAGUCCGUCGCUGCGGCUCCCGUGGCUCCCAUCGUGGCUCCCGCUGUAGCCCCCGCCGCCGUGGCCUACUCCAACGUAAACCUGAACGUGCCCGCGCCCGUGCCCGCCGGCGAGGCCCCCGCCCCCGAGCUCCUGGUCCAGCGCACGCCCGUCCAGGCCCUCGGCCGCCCCGUCAUCUCCUACACUCCUCAGGUCACCGAGGUUCGCCCCGAACUCAAGAUCAUCGAGAAGACCUACGACGUGGCCGUGCCCAAGCCCGUCUACGAGACCAAGGAAGUCACCCCCAUCCAGCACAGGUACGUGCCUGAGCCCUACGCCGUGCCCCAGCCUUAUGCCGUGCCCCAGCCCUACGCCGUGCCUCAGCCCUACGCCGUGCCCGUGCCCGUGCACGAGCAGGUCCACGUACAGCACCACGUUGCCGCCGCCCCCGUCACCUACGGCGCUGCCCCCGUCACCUACGGCGCUGCCCACGGUGUCGUUGCCCAAGGUGCUGUUGUCGGCGCUUCCCCCGUCACCUACGGCGCAGCCCACGGUGUCUUUGCCCACGGUGCUGUUGUCGGCGCUGGCCCCGUCACCUACGGAGCUACCCACGGUGUCCUUUCCCACGGUGCCCUCGUUGGCGCUGCCCCCGUCUAUGCUGUCGAAGACUGAGUCUCCAACGGGAGGCGAUGUUAGCUCCUGCGGGAGAUUGACUCGCAUUCUCGCUGUAAAUACUGUUCUCCUUUCAUUAAGGAGUAAACGAUGAUUUCUUUUUUUAAUUCAGAAACAAAAAUAAAACUAUACAGAACUUA